AUGUCCCUUCAGCCACCUUCCUCCAAUAAAUCCAAUACCAUAAGCAGCAAUACAUUUGUUCAUAAACUCUACAAUAUGGUUGUGGAUAAUCAGUAUCAACAUUUGAUUGCAUGGAACUAUACAGGAUCUUCAUUUAUUGUUUGUAAUAUCAUGGAAUUUUCAAGAGACGUCUUGCCAAAGCAUUUUAAACACAAUAAUUUCAGCAGUUUUGUGCGUCAGUAUGGAUUUCACAAGGUGAAUAAAUCACCAAGAGGACAUCGAACUUUAGCAGAGAACCAGAUUUGGGAAUUCUCGCAUCCAAAGUUUAUAAAGGACCGCCCUGACUACCUCGAUGAAAUCAAACGAAAAUCGCUAGAAACAGAAACAACACGUAGAGAUCAUGGCGAUAUCAAUUCACAUAUGGCUAUGAUGCAGGUCUCCCAAUCAGAAAUGGCACAACAACUCGCUCGUUUACAAGAUAAUUUCUCUCAGGUCGUGCGGGAAUUGGCAGACACUAAAAGUAAACAACACAAACAGCAACAAGUCCUGAAAAACAUGAUGGAUUUCUUAUCUUCCCGUCAUGGCGCACAAUGUAAGCCUCCUUUCUAUCUGUGUCUCUCUAUCUAA